ACGUUAGUAGUUAGAUAAGAAAGUAGAUAGAGAAGGAAGGUAAAGCUCAACAUUUGCUACACAUAAGAAAUAAUUCUCAGGACAAUUUGAGAGCAAAGAAGGUGAAGCUAUGAAGUUCUUAUUUCAGUGUCCUUGCUGCUCUUGCUUCUGCUUCAUGAAGCCAAAGAAGGGCAGAGCAAAGGUGAAGGCUACAGCCAAGGAAGCAGCAAAGGAAGAGAAGAAGGUUGAAGCUCCCAAGGAAGAGAAGAAGGAAGAGAAGAAAGAGUGACAAUGCAGUUGAGCCAUCUUCAUGUAUCAGAUUGAAAACAUAUGAAAGCAUGUAUUUUGAAUCUUUACCCUUCUUUCUUACUUAUGUGUUUAUCCUAUUAGUUACAGCAAUUGUUGUUGGCAUUUGCAUCCAAGUUUAUCCUAAUGCUAGCUUGAUAUAUUUGGUAAUAAACUGCGCUGUGUAUCCAUCUCUAAUGCUAAAUAUGAUCAAUAAUUCUCAA